AUGAGAAAUGAUUCGUAUCGCAUUAUUUGGUAUAUAAGACAUGGUAUCGAAAUACUUAGUCAGACACCUGUAGUGAUAUACUUUACAAGGAGUUGCGUAACUUCAACACAGGCAAUUAUUAUGUUGGUUGCAGAUAAUCAUGCAAAAUGUCUGAGACCAUUAUUGAAACCCGACCAGCCCAUUGGUCCUGUUCGACCUGUUCCACCUGUUCCCUGUUCUCUGCCUCCUGUCACACAUGUCACUGUCAAACAUCACUAUUGUAUCCUGUCUAACGCCUGUGUUCCAAAUAAUGUAUCCCCGUUGUCCCUUGUGCUUGUAAAACCAUUUAACAUGCGUUCCCUUGGUAACUCUGCCUUUGAACUCCCUUAUAAAACAUUAAUAAUAUCAGCUCAUGUUAUCCUCUGUAUCUAUCUGCGAAAUUAUAUGUGUUCAUUCCCGCUACCCCAAAGAUGUCCCAAACUAAAUAUGGCCGUUCCCAAGCAAACAUUAUUUUCAAAAACAAAUCGCUCGAUUUGUAAAAAGGUUUGGUCCCCCCAGUAUAAGUACUAG